AUGAGCCAUCGUUCACAGUCCAAACAACAUGAGAGUAUAUCUAAAGGAGAUUUUCCCAAUCCUUUUGAUGAUGAAGAAGAAAUAAUCAAUACAAGACUUUAUAUGCACAGUUUUUACGAGUAUUUAUUUAAUGGCAAUGUAGGGGCUCCAGUCCAUGAAAAGCUACGAAACGGUGCCAAAGCACUAGAAUUUCGAUGUAAUGAUGGAAUUUGGUCUUCAGAGGUUGCUGCUGAAUAUCCAAAUUCGGAAUUUUAUGCAGUCGAUUCAAUCGUAUCAAAAUUUAACGAUGAACUUAAUAAUAUUACAUUUAUUGGAUGUGACAUUUCUAAAAAACUACCAUUCCCUGAUGAUGAAUUUGAUUAUAUUUUUUCUGACGAUAGAUUUUUAUUGAUGGAAAAAAGAACAUUUCAAGAAGUUUUAUUAGAGAUCUUUAGAAUAUUAAAACCCGGGGGUUGGUUAGAGACACAAAAUAUUGAUUAUGAUACAGUGGAAAACCUUGAAAAUUACCUUCAGGAGACUGAAAAAACAGAAUCUAUAUUGUAUCGAAUAGAGGAAACAAAGAUUGGAAACGGCCACACUUCUGGAGAGUUUCUUCUCCAAACUAUUUUACUGUUUUAUAGAAAUUCGAGAGAUUUAAUGACUUCUUUUAUGAACAUUUCAUCUAAAGAAUUUGAUGAUUUACUAAAAAAUUUAGAAAGUGAGCUAAAUGUUGAAGAUAGCAAAAUAACAUUAAGACACAAGCAAGUGCUUGCAAAAAAGAGGAGCGCACAUUCUGAAAUUUCACAUACUGUAUCUAGUACAAAAUAG